AUGCCAGCUAUAGUUAUCAAAGAUUAUACUUGGCGACAAACGUCGGAAUUCGUGAUGUUAAACGUACCUUUGAGAGGUCAUCCUGCGAAGGUAGACUUAUUCGUAAUCGACAAUUACGUGAAGAUCAGCUUUCCACCCUUCAUAUUGGAAUUGUUUCUUUGGGCCGACAUCGCCGAAAAAGAAAGCGAAUGUACUGUUACCGACACGGAGGCGAUACUUUUAUUGCGGAAAAUACAGAUCGGCCAAGAGUGGCCCUCUCUCGAUAUACAAAAUAUCGACAACGAGACACGCCGGAAAUAUCGAAAUCGAGCUUUGGAACGUUUUCAGGCGGACGUUGAAGAACGCGAAAGAAUUAAAAGUGAAAAACGUCAGUGCUUGCAAAAAGAAGCGGUGAAGGAACAAAUUAGCAUUAAUACAGCAACGCUGAAUAAGAUAGAAGCCAUUCGCGAUGCUCACCGGAAGGAAGCCAUGGAGGAUUUCGAGAAUUGGAGAUCGAAAGCUGAACUACCGUUUCUUCCUGACGCUGACGGACAGAUACAGGAAAAUAGGAAAGCUUACAAACCACCGUUGAAAUGGUUCAAAGACGACAAUAACACGUUAAAAUCUCGACCAAUGGCCGACGAUGAAAUAUUUAAUAACGAUACGAUUGACGAGGGACUCCGAUCUGUUGAAUUGAAGGAACUCGAAGAACCACCCACCUCGGGUGAAAACGUAAAUGUGGCGAACGAUGGAAAUCCAGAAAUUAACGAGAAAACCGAAGAGAUCGAGACGGAAAGGAAUUUCUUCGAUGGUACAGACGAUUCCAGCUCGGAAGAUUCCGAAUCGCCGCGCGAAUUUGAAUCGCCUAGUUUCGCCAAGGAAAUGGAAGGGAAAAGGUUGCGUAAGCUCUACGCGAAAAAGAGAAAUACGAGACCAGGAGCGGAAUUCGUGAAAGCUGUGAUAAAUGGGGAACUUGUGAGAAGAAAGAGUAUAUUCGAAGAGCCCUCAAGAUCGGUUCCGUUGCCGAGAAGGAACAGUACCAUCAACGUAACGUUCACGGAUAGGAAGUUUCCCACUCCUGCCAGAGAAAGUUCUCACCUCGAGGAACAAGAGUGGCUGGAAAAACAGGCAGAAGCGAGACGCAAAGUUGGCUUCGAUACGGAUGAUCUGCGAUUGGAGGAACGCGAUCCGCAAUGGUUGAACGAUAAAGGAGAUGAAUUUCUCAAAGUUGGAAACUACUUGGCAGCUAUCAGCGCUUAUACGUGCGGAAUUAAGAUCAGCGAUAAAAUGGUAUCGCUUUACGCGAACCGAUCAGCAGCGCAGUAUGCGUUAGGGAAUUACCGUAGAUGCAUAGAAGACUGUUCCAAAGCGUUGGAACUAAUGGUGCCGAAAUGCGAAGGCAAUCGAGAGUCAAGAGCCAGGUGUCACGCUCGACGGGGCGCAGCACUCUGUAAAUUGUCCUCGCCUCAGCACGGAAUUCCUGAACUAGAAGCUGCUCUGAAAUUGAUGCCGGACGAUAAAAGCAUCCAAUGCGAUUUGCUAGCUGCGAAACAACACUUCGACGUGAAAGAUUGA